AUGAGAAUUGAAUUGAUUGUAAAAGACCCAGCUGGAAUCAGAGAAUUGCUUGGUGAUGUGGGGCAAACUCCCACUCUCAGCCAUCUCUGCACUGUUCCUGUGCCCGGCUGCCCGUCCGCCGCAACCUCCUCCGCCACCGCGACUCCCGCAGCUCCCUCGCCGGAGGCCUCGAACCGCUGCAUCGCAUCACCCGCGUGCCCCAUCGUGUCAGACGCGGCCGUGGACACCAGCUCCGAGAUCACCACCAAGGACUUAAAGGAGAAGAAGGAGGUUGUGGAGGAGGCAGAGAAUGGAAGAGACGCGCCUGCUAAUGGGAACGCUAAUGAGGAGAAUGGGGAGCAGGAGGCUGACAAUGAGGUAGAUGAAGAAGAGGAGGAAGGAGGGGAGGAAGAGGAGGAGGAGGAAGGCGAUGGAGAGGAAGAGGAUGGAGAUGGAGAUGAGGAGGCCGAGGCAGCUGCGGGCAAACGGGCAGCUGAAGACGAUGAGGAUGACGACGUCGACCCCAAGAAGCAGAAGACUGAUGAGGAUGACUAGACAGAAAAAAAAAAA